AUGCCGCCAACGACGCCAUCGUCAUACGAGGCGGCCGACUCGACGUCGACCAUGUCUCAGUCCAUCAGCGACAUUGUCAUCGACACGUCGUCGUCGGCCGACUCGAUCGCCGUGGCGAGGCGGCCGCAGCCGGGCUUCCUCUUUCCCGCCGCGCCUCCGCGCACCUCGUCACACGCAUCGCCGGUGGCGCCACCCCGGGUGGCCCCCCGCCUGCUCGAUCCCUUCACGACGCCCGAAGGCAUGCUGGCCGGCCCGUCUUCCUACCUCCAGCGUGCUCCCGUCGGCCAUGUCCCGGCGCAAGCGGGACCUUCGCGGUACGGAAUCCCGCCCUCGUCGUUCUCGUCUUCCUCGUCGCCGUUCUCUGCACCCGGGGUGGGCCACGUGGGGCCGAGGCAGCAGGGCAUCACCCUCCUGACUACACCUUCGGCGCCCACGUCGUUUCCGGUCCACACCACUGCCUCGACGACGGCGGGUGCCAGGGGUCCACCGGCAAUGCCACAGCCGCAGCAGCUUCCAGCACUCCCGCCGCCGCCCGCCGCUCCUCGACGACCCGUAGCCGCGGCUAAUCCGCGCGAGCAGUAUGCCUCGACGCCCGAAUCUUCCUUCGAUGGCUCCUCGUGGUUCGGCCGCGGUAGAGGGCCUGGAAUGCUCGGCCAUGGCUAUGGGCUUCCUUCCCUCGAUGCGGCAGCGCAGGCCGAGGAGCGGCGGGCCCAGCGAGCCGAGCUGGCCAGUAGCCCCUUUGGCUUCCAACGUCGAGAAGAUGCCAUACCGGCCGGCGACGAAGGAAACGAUGCGGCUGUCCAGCGGAGAAGGGUCACGUUCUUUCCACCGGCUCCCCCUGCUUUCGCCCAGGGACAAGGCCAAGGGCACGGCCCACCGCCGGCGUUCGAGACGCCGACAAACAUCGGCAUGGGGAUCGACGAGCGUGGCGUCGCCUUUGCUCAGACCCGGCCUACGGCGGCGGACGCCUCGCUGUCGAUCAACACCUCGUCGUCCUACCUCACCGGCACGGGCGCAAGCACCACCGACGGAGGGACCGAGACGGUCGGCGAGAGCCGAGGCCAGGACGACGAGGCCGAGGUGGGCGACGACGGUGACGGUCCGCCGUCCCCGCCGCCGCUGGUCCUGCGCACCUGGAAGGGCGAGACGAUGCCGGUGCCGGCCUACCUCAUCGAGCCCGAUAUCGAGGCCAUGGCACGCUCGAGCGCUGCGACCCAAGGCGUCCUGGCGACGUUCCUCGGCCUGCGAGCCUUCCACGGCUGGUACGGCCACAGCUACCGAGGCUCUGCAUCGCCAUCGGCAUCGGCAUCGGCCGAUCGGCAGGGCAGCGACCGUGCCGACGAGAGCGACGACCGGGAAGCCGACGAGUCAACGAUCCAUCUUUACGACGCCUUUGGCCGGGUGCGGGCCACAGUCUCGACGCCCAAGUAUCACCUACGCGGAGGACCCAAACGACCCCUGCCACCGCCGCGGGAGAGCCUGGCAAUGCGGAAAAAGGCGGAAUUGAGAGCCGUCCAGCGGCGCAACGCUCGAUCGCAACGGCUCGACACUUCAACAACGGCGCGCGACGUAGACGGAGUACCCGCCACCCAUGGACCGGGCGCGAGAAAGUGGAAAAGCACGAUACGGCCCUGGUCGUCGCAUCGCCCCGCCGCCUCGACUUCGCUGGGCCUCUCUCAGGCUGAUCGGGAAGAGAGAAAGAGGCGAAAGGUUGUCGAGGAUACCAUGUGCGGUCUGCGCAACGCCGUCCUGUCUGCGGAGGUCGACGACUGGACCCAGCCUCAUCCUGCCUUUCAAGGCCGCGGGACCAUCUACAGCGCGGAUGACGACGACGACGACGACGACGACGACGGGGCGGGUGCGACGGGGUCGCUGUGCGGCUUGCCGAUGGUGCCUCCGCUCACCGCCCGGACUAGCGUCUACCGCCUCGAAAGCGCGCAACCGGGCGUCUAUCUCUGA